UAGAAACUGAGACCACAAACAUUUUACAAAAUGAUGAAACCUUAACCACAUCAUUUGUUGAUGAAGGAAAUAAAGAGAUAAAAGAAGUUAAUGGUGCAAAACCAGAAUAUGGGCUCCUUGAUCAAGAGAAUGAAGGCCCAGAAAUGAACAAAAUGCAAUAUAGAGGGAUGAAUAUAGCACCUACAAUAAUUGUAGAUGUGGCUGAAUACAAGAUUGACUCUGCAGUCCUUGAAGUGCAAAACAACUCAGGAGAAGUGAUAGAUGCUAUGGUGCAAAAAAAUAAAUCACAGGAAAAUAUGGAAACAGAACGACAUGGGCAAGGCCAGAUUAAGAAAAAGAGGAAAUUUGGAUCAACCAGGAGGCCUCAAAGUGGACACAGACCAGACACUGAUAUAGAGGAAAAAUUAUGGAAAGAUGUGGAAGCUACAGAAGAAAUUAAACAUGAUGAUCAAAAUAGAUAUUCUGAAGAAACCAUUCAGCAAGCUGUAUCACAGACCUCUGUGUGUGAGGUGUCACUUGGUAAUACUGAUCUACACUCGGAAACAGAAACUGUUGAAAUGAUUGAUACAACACCUGUCAUAUUGUCAAAUGCAAUUGUUCAUCAGGUUGACACUGUGGUCCUUGAAGAAAACAGUAGAGCAGAAGAUCCACAAGAAAUUACAGAAUAUGAAAAAUCAACAGCGGAGGAUAAGAGAACUGAUGACUCCACACACUCAGAUGAGCAAAAAAUGUCCUCAAUCAUUACAAAAAUUCCGAAUGAUACUUCCACAUAUUAUAACCGUUCUCAAGAAGCAUUUAUGGCAGACCAAGAUCCUGAUAUGGAGAGAACUGAUAAUGGAAGCUCCAGCCGAGUAGAUGCUUCUCCUACAAGUGGCACAAUGGAGUUUAUUUCUCAAACACAAGGCAGUUUAGACAUGCUAGCGUAUACAGAAAGUACUUAUGAUUUUGCAUCUGAUAUAAUAAGGCAGAUGUCUUGGAAUCUUGGCAUAUCUGUAGACCAUCUAAAUCAGCCAACAAGUAGAGAAUCAGAACUUGAAAGCACAUGCUCAUUCAUUCUCAUACAAGAAUCAAAAACCACUGAGGAUGAUGUGACAACCAAUCAUGCAGAACUUAGCACAUUAGGGACAAAGACGGGUUUAAUUCAAAGGACAGAACAACACCAUGAAGGUGACCAGAAAGAAAAUAUUGAAGAGACAAGUGAAAAUGAAGGAAAAAGAGGUAAAAAAGAUGAUGAGGGCAGGCAUGGAGAGAAGAAAGAUGUGCCUCUUGCAGACAGCUCUAAAAUAUCAAGCAGAAAGAGUGAAGUUAUUGAGGAGGAGAAUAAAGAAACAACAGAAGAAACUAACUCUGCUCCUACAGAAAAAUCUGCUACUGAGGAGUUUACAGCAGUGUGUUCAGAGCAAUAUAUGAAUCCUGGAUUAUCCUCUGAAACAACUAAAUGGGUUUUAACUACUAACAUACAAACAUCACAAGGAACUGAACUUUCAGGUUCCAAAGACAAUGAUAGGAAUAGUGAAGAAAAUGCAGAAAUAAGAAACACAGGACCACAGGCACAAAACCAAAGUAAAAAAAAGAGAAAAACUGGAUCAACCCGAAGGCUGCAAGGAGGAGCAGACACUGAAGGAAAGGAAAGAAAAUGGAAAGAUGUGGAAGCUGCAGAAGAAUUUGAACAUGACAAGGAAGAGAGGUGUUCUAAAGUAACCACGUGUCAAGCAGCUACUGUAAACUCGCUUACUGAACCACAGAUUGCUGUGAGUGAGGUGUCACUUGGCAUUCUUGACCUGACCUUGGAAAAAGAAAUAACCAAAUCAAAAGAUGAAACAGAAUCGACAGACAUUGUUGAUCACUAUAUUAAUAAUGAAUUAAGCAAAGUAGAGGAACAAGUGGAAAUUAUAGAAGAACAUCCACAGUCAGUAGAGGAUGAUGAGAAGGCCAGCAAGCCCACAUCUUCAGAUAAGCAGGAAAUGCCUCCAGUCAUCAUGAAAACUGAGAAAGAUACUUCCAUAUACCAUGACCUUUCUCAGGAAGCAUCCAUGGUAGUCAAAGAAUGUAAUGUAGAGAGUUCUGAAAACAGAAGUCCCAGCCACGCUCAUGCUUCUCUUAUAAGUGGUACAAUGGAGCUUAUUUCUGAAAUACAGGAUGGCUUAGAUAUUCCAAAGAAUAUAGAAAAUACUGAGACUGCAUCUGACCAGAUGAGACAGCUGCCUUGGGAUCACAAUAUAUCUGAAAACCAUUUAGAUCUGCCCACAAACAGAGAUUCAGAACUAGAGCAAAAUGAAAGCACAUGCUCACUCGUUCACAAACAAGAAUCAAAAAAUGCUCAGGAUGAUGUAAUUACAGAAAAUUCAGAACUUAACACAUCUGGGAAAGGAGGAAAAAUGGAGCCAACUCAAAAGAGUCAUAGAAAGCAGUUUCAUGGAUAUGAGUUAGAUAAUUCUGUUCAAGAGAUAAAUGAAAAAGACAGAGAAAGUGGUGAAAAAGAUUAUGAAGACAUGUAUGGUGAGGAGAAAGAUGUGCAUCUUAUGGACAGAUUUAACAGACCGAGCAGCAAUAAUGAAACUGAGAGUGAAGAGACAAAAAAAGUAAUUAAUGCUGGUCCUGCAAAAGAUUCCAACACUGAGGAUUUUAUAGUAGUGUGUUCAGAGCAAUAUAAGUAUUCUGGAACACCCUCUCAAGUAACAGAACUGGGUUUAACUACUACCAUACAGCCAUCACCAGUAGUUAUAUAUCCAGAUUUCAAGGAAGAUGGUGAGAUUAGUGAAGAUGAUGUAGAAAUAAGAGAUGCAGAACUACAUACACAAAACCAAAGUAAGAAAAAGAGGAAGUUUGGGUCAACUCGAAGGCCUCAAGGAGGACACAACCCAAACAAUGACAGAGAGGAAAGAAAAUGGAAAGGUGUGGAAGUUACAGGUGAAUUUGAACAUAAUGAGGAAGAGAGACGUUCAAAAAACACCAUACAUCAAGCAGCUACGUUAAACUCUCUAACUGAACCACAGAUUGCUGUGAGUGAGGUGUCACUUGGUGUCCUUGACCCACCCGUGAAAAAAGAAAUGACUGAAUCAAAAGACGAAACAGCAUUGGCAGAUGUUGUUCACCACAUUGAUAAUGAAGUAAGCAGAGAAGAAGAACUAGUGGAAAUUAGACACCCAGGAGUGGAGUACGAGAGGGAUGAUGAGUCCACAUCUACUGAUCAGCAAAAAAUGGCAGCAGUGAUAACAGAAAUUGAGAUUGAUACUUCCACAUACCAAACGUCUUCUCAGGAAGCAUCUAUGGUAGUUGAAAAAGUUGAUAUAGAGAAUACUGAAAAUGGAAACCCCAGCCAAGUUCUUUCUUCUCCUACAUGUGGCACAAUGGAGUUUAUUUCUAAGAUACAGCAGAGCUUAGACAUUUCCUUAAAUGCAGAAAAUACCCAUGAGGUUGCAUCUUAUGGAAUAAAACAUGAACGUGACCAGAAAAAUCCUACUGAGGAGAUCAGUAAAAAAGAAGAAAAAAGAGGCUAUGAAGACAAUGAAGCGAAGUAUGGAGAGGAGAAAGAUAUACAUCUUACAGACAGAAAAAAUGAAGAUAUUGAAGAGGAGAGUAAGAAAACAAUGAAAGAAAUAAAUUCCAGUCCUGAGAAAAAUUCCACCACUGAGGACUUCAUAGCAGUGUGUUCAGAACAAAAUAUGCAUUCUGGAUUAUCCUCUCAAACAACUGAACUGGGUGUAACUACUAACAUACAGCAAUCACCAUCACAUUCAUAUCCUAAGGAAGAUGAUGGGAAUGGUGAAGAAAAUGUAGAAGUGAAAAAUGCAGAACUACAGGUACAAAGUCAAAGUAAGAAAAAAAAGAAAUUUAGAUCAACCCAGGGACCUCAAGGAGGACACAAACGAGACAAUGAUGGAGAGGAAAGAAAAUGGAAAAACGUAGAAGCUACAGAACAAACUGAAUAUGAUGAGGAGGACAGAUGCUCUAAAGAAACCACUAAUCAAGCAUUGCCUUCUGAUGAAAGCAUAUCCAAAGCCCAUCUAGACCAGCCAACAAAUGAAGACCCAGAACUAGAGAAAGUCAAAAGCACAUGCUCACUCGUUCACAUAGAAGAACCAAAAACCACCCAGGAGAAUGUCAUGAUAGAGAAUUUAGAACUCAGCACAUCUGGGAAACGGAGAAAGAUGGGGUCAACUCGAAGGAGUCACAGAGAGCCACUCAGUGGAUGUGGCCUGAAAGAGUCUAGUGAAGAGAUAAAUGAAAAAGAGAGAGAAAGUGAUGAAAAAGAUGAUGAAGACAUGAAUGGAGAGGAAAAAGAUUUGUUUCAUACAGAAACAUCUAACAUAUCAAUAACAAAGAAUGAAGUUGUGGAGGAGGAGAGUGACGAGAUAAAGGAAGAAUUAGAAGCCAAUCCUACAGAACAUUCCACCACUGAGGAUUUCAUAGAAGUGGGUUCAGAACAAAAUAUGCAUUGUGGAUUAUCCCCUCAAUCAACUCAAUUGGGUUUAACUACUAACAUACAACCAUCACCAAUGACCGAACAUUCAAAUUCCAAGGAUGAUGGUGGGAAUAGUGAAGAAAAUGUAGAAAUAAAAAACACAAAACUACAUACACAAAGCCAAAGUAAGAAAAGGAGGAAAUUUGGAUCAACCCGGAGGCCUCAAGGAGGACACAAACGAGACAAUGAUGGAGAGGAAAGAAAAUGGAAAAAUGUAGAAGCUACAGAACAAACUGAAUAUGAUGAGGAGGACAGAUGCUCUAAAGAAACCACUAAUCAAGCAGCUCCGUCUGACUUGCUUGCUGAACCACAGUGUGUUGUGAGUGAGGAGUCACUUGGCAUCCUUCACCCAACCUUGAAAAAAGAUACAACUAAAUCAAAUGAUGAAACAGCAGGGUGUGGAAUGAUUGACAUAUCACAUGUCAUUUCGACAGAUACUGUUGAUCAGCAUACCGAUAAUGAAGUACACAAAACAGAAAAACUAGUGGAAAUUAUAGAAGAACAUGGGCAAUCAGUAGAGGAGGAUGAGAGGGGUGAUGAGUCCACAUCUUCAGAUAAUCAAACAGUGCCACCAGUGGUCACAGAAAUUCAGAAUGAUGUUUCCUCAUACCUUGACUCAACUCAGGAAGUCUGUAUAAUAGUUGAAGGCCAUGAUAUGAAGAGUACUGAAAACAGAAGCCAAGUUCAUGAUUAUGCUACAUGUGGCACAGUGGAGCUUAUUUCUGAGGUACAGGACAAAACAAAUGCUCAUGAAUUUGUUUCUGAACAGAUCGGACAGUUGCCAUGUGAUAAAAGCAUAUCCAAAGACCAUCUAGACCAGCCAACAAACGAAGACCCAGAACUAGAGAAAGUCGAAAGCACAUGCUCACUCGUUCACAAAGAACAACCAAAAACCACUCAGGAGAAUGUCAUGACAGAGAAUUUAGAACUCAGCACAUCUGGGAAACGGAGAAAGAUGGGGUCAACUCGAAGGAGUCACAGAGAGCCACUCCGUGGAGGUGGCCUGAAAGAGUCUAGUGAAGAGAUAAAUGAAAAAGAGAGAGAAAGCAAUGAAAAAGACAAUGAAGACGAUGUGCAUCUUACAGAAAGAUCAGACAUAUCAAGCAGAAAGAAGGACGUUGUGGAGGAGGAGAGUGAAGAGAUAAAGGAUGAAUUAAAAGCCAGUCCUACAGAAGAUUCCACCACUGAGGAUUUUAUAGCAGUGUGUUCAGAACAAUACAUGGAUUCUGGAUUAUCCUCUCAAACAACUGAACUGGGUUUAACCACUAACCUACAGCCAUCACCAGUGUCUGAACAUUCAGAUUACGAGGAAGAUGAUGGGAAUGGUGAAGAAAAUAUAGAAGUGAAAAAUGCAGAACUAGAGGCACAAAGCCAAAGUAAGAAAAAAAAGAAAUUUGGAUCAACCUGGAGGCCUCAAGGAAGACACAGACCAGACAAUGAAGAAGAAGAAAGAAAAAGGAAAGAUGUGGAAGCUACAGAAGAAACUCAACAUGACAAGGAAGAGAAAUGUUCUAAAGAAGCCAAAAGUCAGGCAGCUUCUUCUUAUUUCCUUACUGAACCACAGAAUGCUGUGAAUGGGGAGUCACUUGGCAUCCUUGACCCAACCUUGGAAAAAGAAAUGGCUGAAUCAAAGGAUGAAACAGGAGGGUGUGGAAUGAUUGACACAUCUCAUGUCAUAUUGACAGAUAUUGUUGUUCAGCAUACUGAUAAUGAAGUACAGAAUGCAUUGGAACUAGUGGAGAUUGUAGAAGAACAAAGACAAUCAGUAGUGGGGUAUGAGAGGGACGAGGAGUGCACGUUCUCAGAUAAGCAGAAAAUUCCACCAGUGGUCACAGAAAUUCAGAAUGAUACUUCUACAUACAAUGACUUUUCUAAGGUAGCUGAAGAAUGUGAUAUAGAGAGUAAAGAAAACAGAAGCUUUAGCCAAGUUCAUGUUACUCCUAUAUGUGGCACAGUGGAGCUUAUUUCUGAGGUACAGGACAGCUUAGGCAUUCCAGUGAAUACAGGAAAUACUCAUGAAUUUGUUUCUGAACAGAUUGGACAGUUGCCAUCUAAUGAGGGCAUAUCCAAAGACCAACUAGACCAGCCAACAAAUGAAGACCCAGAACUAGAGAAAGUCAAAAGCACAUGCUCACUUGUUCACAUAGAAGAAUCAAAAACCACUCAGGAAAAUGUCAUGAUAGAGAAUGUAGAACUCAGCACAUCUGGGAAACAGAGAAAGAUGGGGUCAACUCGAAGGAGUCACAGAGAGCCACUCCAUGGAGGUGGCCUGAAAGAGUCUACUGAAGAGAUAAAUGAAAAAGAGAGAGAAAGCAAUGAAAAAGACAAUGAAGACAUGUAUGGAGAGGAGAAAGAUGUGCAUCUUACAGAAACAUCUGACAAAUCAAUCAGAGAGAAUGAUGUUGUGGAGGAGAGUGAAGAGAUAAAGGAAGAAUUAAAAGCCAGUCCUACAGAACAUUCCACCACUGAGGAUUUUAUAGAAGCGUGUUCAGAACAAGAUAUGCAUUUUGGAUUAUCCCCUCAAACAACUGAACUGCGUUUAGCUACUAACUUACAAACAUCACCAGUGACUGAACAUUCAGAUUCCAAGGAUGAUGGUGGGAAUAGUGAAGAAAAUGUAGAAAUAAAAAGCACAGAACUACAUACACAAAACCAAAGUAAGGAAAAGAGAAAAUCUGGAUCAACCCAGAGGCAUCAAGGAGGACACAGACCAGACAAUGAAGUAGAGAAAAGAAGAUGGAAAGAUGUGGAAUCUACAGAAGAAAUUGAAGAUGUAGAAAAAGAGAGACGUUCUAAAGAAGCCACCAAUCAAGCAGGUACUUCAGAGUUGCUUACUGAACCACAGAGUGCUGUGAGUGAGGUGUCACUUGGCAUCCUCGGACCACCCUUGAAAAAAGAAAUGAUUGAAACAAAUGAUGAAACAGGAGGGUGUGGAAUUAUUGAUAGACCACAUGUCAUAUUGACAGAUACUCUUCUGCACCAUAGUAAUAAUGAAGUAAACAAAGCAGAAGAACUAAUGGAGAUUAUAGAAGAAUGUGAACAGUCAGUAGUGGAGGAUGAGAGGGGUGAUGAGUUCACACUUUCAGACACAAUGCCACCAGUGGUCACAGAAAUUGAGAACGAUGUUUCCACAGACCAUUACUUUUCUCAGGAAGCAUCUAUAAUAGUCGAAGGCCACGAUAUGAGGAGAAAUGAAAACAGAAACCCCAGCCAAGGUCAUGUUACUCUUACAUGUGGCACAGUGGAGCUUAUUUCUGAGGUGCAGGACAGAUUAGGCAAUCCAGUGAAUACAGAAAAUACUCAUGAACUUUUGUCUGAACAGAUCAGACAAUUGCCAUCUGAUGAAAGUACAUCCAAAGACCAAAUAGACCAGCCAACAAACAAAGCCCCAGAACUAGAGAAAGUGGAAAGCACAUGCUCACUUGUUCACAUAGAACAACCAAACACCACUCAGGAGAAUGUCAUGAUAGAUAAUUUAGAACUCAGCACAUCUGGGAAACGGAGAAAGAUGGGGUCAACUCGAAGGACUCACAGAGCGCCAGUCCAUGGAGGCGACCUAAAAGAGACUAUUGAAGGGAUAAAUGGAAAAGAGAGAGAAAGUGGUGAAAAAGACGAUGAAGACAUGUAUGGAGUGGAGAAAGAUGUGCCUCUUACAGAAAGAUCGAGCAUAUCAAGCAGAAAGAAGGACGUUGUGGAGGAGGAGAGUGAAGAGAUAAAGGAUGAAUUAAAAGCCAGUCCUACAGAAGAUUCCACCACUGAGGAUUUUAUAGCAGUGUGUUCAGAACAAUACAUGGAUUCUGGAUUAUCAUCUCAAACAACUGAACUGGGUGUAACUACUAACAUACAGCCAUCACCAUCACAUUCAUAUCCCAUGGAAGAUGAUUGGAAUGGUGAAGAAAAUAUAGAAGUGAAAAAUGCAGAACUACACAUACAAAGACAAAGUAAGAAAAAAAAGAAAUUUAGAUCAACUCAGAGACCUCAAGGAGGACACAGACGAGACAAUGAUGGAGAGGAAAAAAAAUGGGAAAAUGUAGAAGCUACAGAACAAACUGAAUAUGAUGAGGAGGACAGAUGCUCCAAAGAAAACCCUAAUCAAGCAGCUUCGUCUGACUUGCUUGCUGAACCACAGUGUGUUGUGAGUGAGGAGUCACUUGGCAUCCUUCACCCAACCUUGAAAGAAGAUACAACUAAAUCAAAUGAUGAAACAGCAGGGUGUGGAAUGAUUGACAUAUCACAUGUCAUUUCGACAGAUAUUGUUGUUCAGCAUACCGAUAAUGAAGUACACAAAACAGAAAAACUAGUGGAAAUUAUAGAAGAACAUGGGCAAUCAGUAGAGGAGGAUGAGAGGGGUGAUGAGUCCACAUCUUCAGAUAAUCAAACAGUGCCACCAGUGGUCACAGAAAUUCAGAAUGAUGUUUCCUCAUACCUUGACUCAACUCAGGAAGUCUGUAUAAUAGUUGAAGGCCAUGAUAUGAAGAGUACUGAAAACAGAAGCCAAGUUCAUGAUUAUGCUACAUGUGGCACAGUGGAGCUUAUUUCUGAGGUACAGGACAAAACAAAUGCUCAUGAAUUUGUUUCUGAACAGAUCGGACAGUUACCAUGUGAUAAAAGCAUAUCCAAAGACCAUCUAGACCAGCCAACAAACGAAGACCCAGAACUAGAGAAAGUCGAAAGCACAUGCUCACUCGUUCACACAGAACAACCAAAAACCACUCAGGAGAAUGUCAUGACAGAGAAUUUAGAACUCAGCACAUCUGGGAAACGGAGAAAGAUGGGGUCAACUCGAAGGAGUCACAGAGAGCCACUCCGUGGAGGUGGCCUGACAGAGUCUAGUGAAGAGAUAAAUGAAAAAGAGAGAGAAAGCAAUGAAAAAGACAAUGAAGACGAUGUGCAUCUUACAGAAAGAUCAGACAUAUCAAGCAGAAAGAACGACGUUGUGGAGGAGGAGAGUGAAGAGAUAAAGGAUGAAUUAAAAGCCAGUCCUACAGAAGAUUCCACCACUGAGGAUUUUAUAGCAGUGUGUUCAGAACAAUACAUGGAUUCUGGAUUAUCCUCUCAAACAACUGAACUGCGUUUAACCACUAACCUACAGCCAUCACCAGUGUCUGAACAUUCAGAUUACGAGGAAGAUGAUGGGAAUGGUGAAGAAAAUAUAGAAGUGAAAAAUGCAGAACUAGAGGCACAAAGCCAAAGUAAGAAAAAAAAGAAAUUUGGAUCAACCCGGAGGCCUCAAGGAAGACACAGACCAGACAAUGAAGAAGAAGAAAGAAAAAGGAAAGAUGUGGAAGCUACAGAAGAAACUCAACAUGACAAGGAAGAGAAAUGUUCUAAAGAAGCCAAAAGUCAGGCAGCUUCUUCUUAUUUCCUUACUGAACCACAGAAUGCUGUGAAUGGGGAGUCACUUGGCAUCCUUGACCCAACCUUGGAAAAAGAAAUGGCUGAAUCAAAGGAUGAAACAGGAGGGUGUGGAAUGAUUGACACAUCUCAUGUCAUAUUGACAGAUAUUGUUGUUCAGCAUACUGAUAAUGAAGUACAGAAUGCACUGGAACUAGUGGAGAUUGUAGAAGAACAAAGACAAUCAGUAGUGGGGUAUGAGAGGGACGAGGAGUGCACGUUCUCAGAUAAGCAGAAAAUUCCACCAGUGGUCACAGAAAUUCAGAAUGAUACUUCUACAUACAAUGACUUUUCUAAGGUAGCUGAAGAAUGUGAUAUAGAGAGUAAAGAAAACAGAAGCUUUAGCCAAGUUCAGGUUACUCCUAUAUGUGGCACAGUGGAGCUUAUUUCUGAGGUACAUGACAGCUUAGGCAUUCCAGUGAAUACAGAAAAUACUCAUGAAUUUGUUUCUGAACAGAUUGGACAGUUGCCAUCUAAUGAGGGCAUAUCCAAAGACCAACUAGACCAGCCAACAAACGAAGACCCAGAACUAGAGAAAGUCGAAAGCACAUGCUCACUUGUUCACAUAGAAGAACCAAAAACCACUCAGGAAAAUGUCAUGAUAGAGAAUGUAGAACUCAGCACAUCUGGGAAACGGAGAAAGAUGGGGUCAACUCGAAGGAGUCACAGAGAGCCACUCCAUGGAGGUGGCCUGAAAGAGUCUACUGAAGAGAUAAAUGAAAAAGAGAGAGAAAGCAAUGAAAAAGACAAUGAAGACAUGUAUGGAGAGGAGAAAGAUGUGCAUCUUACAGAAACAUCUGACAAAUCAAUCAGAGAGAAUGAUGUUGUGGAGGAGAGUGAAGAGAUAAAGGAAGAAUUAAAAGCCAGUCCUACAGAACAUUCCACCACUGAGGAUUUUAUAGAAGUGUGUUCAGAACAAGAUAUGCAUUUUGGAUUAUCCCCUCAAACAACUGAACUGCGUUUAGCUACUAACAUACAAACAUCACCAGUGACUGAACAUUCAGAUUCCAAGGAUGAUGGUGGGAAUAGUGAAGAAAAUGUAGAAAUAAAAAGCACAGAACUACAUACACAAAACCAAAGUAAGGAAAAGAGAAAAUCUGGAUCAACCCAGAGGCAUCAAGGAGGACACAGACCAGACAAUGAAGUAGAGGAAAGAAGAUGGAAAGAUGUGGAAUCUACAGAAGAAAUUGAAGAUGUAGAAGAAGAGAGACGUUCUAAAGAAGCCACCAAUCAAGCAGGUACUUCAGAGUUGCUUACUGAACCACAGAGUGCUGUGAGUGAGGUGUCACUUGGCAUCCUCGGACCACCCUUGAAAAAAGAAAUGAUUGAAACAAAUGAUGAAACAGGAGGGUGUGGAAUUAUUGAUAGACCACAUGUCAUAUUGACAGAUACUCUUCUGCACCAUAGUAAUAAUGAAGUAAACAAAGCAGAAGAACUAAUGGAGAUUAUAGAAGAAUGUGAACAGUCAGUAGUGGAGGAUGAGAGGGGUGAUGAGUUCACACUUUCAGACACAAUGCCACCAGUGGUCACAGAAAUUGAGAACGAUGUUUCCACAGACCAUUACUUUUCUCAGGAAGCAUCUAUAAUAGUCGAAGGCCACGAUAUGAGGAGAAAUGAAAACAGAAGCCCCAGCCAAGGUCAUGUUACUCUUACAUGUGGCACAGUGGAGCCUAUUUCUGAGGUGCAGGACAGAUUAGGCAAUCCAGUGAAUACAGAAAAUACUCAUGAACUUUUGUCUGAACAGAUCAGACAAUUGCCAUCUGAUGAAAGUACAUCCAAAGACCAAAUAGACCAGCCAACAAACAAAGCCCCAGAACUAGAGAAAGUGGAACUUGUUCACAUAGAACAACCAAACACCACUCAGGAGAAUGUCAUAAUAGAUAAAUUAGAACUCAGCACAUCUGGGAAACGGAGAAAGAUGGGGUCAACUCGAAGGACUCACAGAGCGCCAGUCCAUGGAGGCGACCUAAAAGAGACUAUUGAAGGGAUAAAUGGAAAAGAGAGAGAAAGUGGUGAAAAAGACGAUGAAGACAUGUAUGGAGUGGAGAAAGAUGUGCCUCUUACAGAAAGAUCGAGCAUAUCAAGCAGAAAGAAGGACGUUGUGGAGGAGGAGAGUGAAGAGAUAAAGGAUGAAUUAAAAGCCAGUCCUACAGAAGAUUCCACCACUGAGGAUUUUAUAGCAGUGUGUUCAGAACAAUACAUGGAUUCUGGAUUAUCAUCUCAAACAACUGAACUGGGUGUAACUACUAACAUACAGCCAUCACCAUCACAUUCAUAUCCCAUGGAAGAUGAUGGGAAUGGUGAAGAAAAUAUAGAAGUGAAAAAUGCAGAACUACACAUACAAAGACAAAGUAAGAAAAAAAAGAAAUUUAGAUCAACUCAGAGACCUCAAGGAGGACACAGACGAGACAAUGAUGGAGAGGAAAAAAAAUGGGAAAAUGUAGAAGCUACAGAACAAACUGAAUAUGAUGAGGAGGACAGAUGCUCCAAAGAAACCCCUAAUCAAGCAGCUUCGUCUGACUUGCUUGCUGAACCACAGUGUGUUGUGAGUGAGGAGUCACUUGGCAUCCUUCACCCAACCUUGAAAAAAGAUACAACUAAAUCAAAUGAUGAAACAGCAGGGUGUGGAAUGAUUGACAUAUCACAUGUCAUUUCGACAGAUAUUGUUCAGCAUACCGAUAAUGAAGUACACAAAACAGAAAAACUAGUGGAAAUUAUAGAAGAACAUGGGCAAUCAGUAGAGGAGGAUGAGAGGGGUGAUGAGUCCACAUCUUCAGAUAAUCAAACAGUGCCACCAGUGGUCACAGAAAUUCAGAAUGAUGUUUCCUCAUACCUUGACUCAACUCAGGAAGUCUGUAUAAUAGUUGAAGGCCAUGAUAUGAAGAGUACUGAAAACAGAAGCCAAGUUCAUGAUUAUGCUACAUGUGGCACAGUGGAGCUUAUUUCUGAGGUACAGGACAAAACAAAUGCUCAUGAAUUUGUUUCUGAACAGAUCGGACAGUUGCCAUGUGAUAAAAGCAUAUCCAAAGACCAUCUAGACCAGCCAACAAACGAAGAUCCAGAACUAGAGAAAGUCGAAAGCACAUGCUCACUCGUUCCCACAGAACAACCAAAAACCACUCAGGAGAAUGUCAUGACAGAGAAUUUAGAACUCAGCACAUCUGGGAAACGGAGAAAGAUGGGGUCAACUCGAAGGAGUCACAGAGAGCCACUCCGUGGAGGUGGCCUGAAAGAGUCUAGUGAAGAGAUAAAUGAAAAAGAGAGAGAAAGCAAUGAAAAAGACAAUGAAGACGAUGUGCAUCUUACAGUUGUGGAGGAGGAGAGUGAAGAGAUAAAGGAUGAAUUAAAAGCCAGUCCUACAGAAGAUUCCACCACUGAGGAUUUUAUAGCAGUGUGUUCAGAACAAUACAUGGAUUCUGGAUUAUCCUCUCAAACAACUGAACUGGGUUUAACCACUAACCUACAGCCAUCACCAGUGUCUGAACAUUCAGAUUACGAGGAAGAUGAUGGGAAUGGUGAAGAAAAUAUAGAAGUGAAAAAUGCAGAACUAGAGGCACAAAGCCAAAGUAAGAAAAAAAAGAAAUUUGGAUCAACCCGGAGGCCUCAAGGAAGACACAGACCAGACAAUGAAGAAGAAGAAAGAAAAAGGAAAGAUGUGGAAGCUACAGAAGAAACUCAACAUGACAAGGAAGAGAAAUGUUCUAAAGAAGCCAAAAGUCAGGCAGCUUCUUCUUAUUUCCUUACUGAACCACAGAAUGCUGUGAAUGGGGAGUCACUUGGCAUCCUUGACCCAACCAUGGAAAAAGAAAUGGCUGAAUCAAAGGAUGAAACAGGAGGGUGUGGAAUGAUUGACACAUCUCAUGUCAUAUUGACAGAUAUUGUUGUUCAGCAUACUGAUAAUGAAGUACAGAAUGCACUGGAACUAGUGGAGAUUGUAGAAGAACAAAGACAAUCAGUAGUGGGGUAUGAGAGGGACGAGGAGUGCACGUUCUCAGAUAAGCAGAAAAUUCCACCAGUGGUCACAGAAAUUCAGAAUGAUACUUCUACAUACAAUGACUUUUCUAAGGUAGCUGAAGAAUGUGAUAUAGAGAGUAAAGAAAACAGAAGCUUUAGCCAAGUUCAGGUUACUCCUAUAUGUGGCACAGUGGAGCUUAUUUCUGAGGUACAUGACAGCUUAGGCAUUCCAGUGAAUACAGAAAAUACUCAUGAAUUUGUUUCUGAACAGAUUGGACAGUUGCCAUCUAAUGAGGGCAUAUCCAAAGACCAACUAGACCAGCCAACAAACGAAGACCCAGAACUAGAGAAAGUCGAAAGCACAUGCUCACUUGUUCACAUAGAAGAACCAAAAACCACUCAGGAAAAUGUCAUGAUAGAGAAUGUAGAACUCAGCACAUCUGGGAAACGGAGAAAGAUGGGGUCAACUCGAAGGAGUCACAGAGAGCCACUCCAUGGAGGUGGCCUGAAAGAGUCUACUGAAGAGAUAAAUGAAAAAGAGAGAGAAAGCAAUGAAAAAGACAAUGAAGACAUGUAUGGAGAGGAGAAAGAUGUGCAUCUUACAGAAACAUCUGACAAAUCAAUCAGAGAGAAUGAUGUUGUGGAGGAGAGUGAAGAGAUAAAGGAAGAAUUAAAAGCCAGUCCUACAGAACAUUCCACCACUGAGGAUUUUAUAGAAGUGUGUUCAGAACAAGAUAUGCAUUUUGGAUUAUCCCCUCAAACAACUGAACUGCGUUUAGCUACUAACAUACAAACAUCACCAGUGACUGAACAUUCAGAUUCCAAGGAUGAUGGUGGGAAUAGUGAAGAAAAUGUAGAAAUAAAAAGCACAGAACUACAUACACAAAACCAAAGUAAGGAAAAGAGAAAAUCUGGAUCAACCCAGAGGCAUCAAGGAGGACACAGACCAGACAAUGAAGUAGAGGAAAGAAGAUGGAAAGAUGUGGAAUCUACAGAAGAAAUUGAAGAUGUAGAAGAAGAGAGACGUUCUAAAGAAGCCACCAAUCAAGCAGGUACUUCAGAGUUGCUUACUGAACCACAGAGUGCUGUGAGUGAGGUGUCACUUGGCAUCCUCGGACCACCCUUGAAAAAAGAAAUGAUUGAAACAAAUGAUGAAACAGGAGGGUGUGGAAUUAUUGAUAGACCACAUGUCAUAUUGACAGAUACUCUUCUGCACCAUAGUAAUAAUGAAGUAAACAAAGCAGAAGAACUAAUGGAGAUUAUAGAAGAAUGUGAACAGUCAGUAGUGGAGGAUGAGAGGGGUGAUGAGUUCACACUUUCAGACACAAUGCCACCAGUGGUCACAGAAAUUGAGAACGAUGUUUCCACAGACCAUUACUUUUCUCAGGAAGCAUCUAUAAUAGUCGAAGGCCACGAUAUGAGGAGAAAUGAAAACAGAAACCCCAGCCAAGGUCAUGUUACUCUUACAUGUGGCACAGUGGAGCUUAUUUCUGAGGUGCAGGACAGAUUAGGCAAUCCAGUGAAUACAGAAAAUACUCAUGAACUUUUGUCUGAACAGAUCAGACAAUUGCCAUCUGAUGAAAGUACAUCCAAAGACCAAAUAGACCAGCCAACAAACAAAGCCCCAGAACUAGAGAAAGUGGAAAGCACAUGCUCACUUGUUCACAUAGAACAACCAAACACCACUCAGGAGAAUGUCAUGAUAGAUAAUUUAGAACUCAGCACAUCUGGGAAACGGAGAAAGAUGGGGUCAACUCGAAGGACUCACAGAGCGCCAGUCCAUGGAGGCGACCUAAAAGAGACUAUUGAAGGGAUAAAUGGAAAAGAGAGAGAAAGUGGUGAAAAAGACGAUGAAGACAUGUAUUUAGUGGAGAAAGAUGUGCCUCUUACAGAAAGAUCGAGCAUAUCAAGCAGAAAGAAGGACGUUGUGGAGGAGGAGACUGAAGAGAUAAAGGAUGAAUUAAAAGCCAGUCCUACAGAAGAUUCCACCACUGAGGAUUUUAUAGCAGUGUGUUCAGAACAAUACAUGGAUUCUGGAUUAUCCUCUCAAACAACUGAACUGGGUGUAACUACUAACAUACAGCGAUUCCCAGUGUCUGAACAUUCAGAUUCCGAGGAAGAUGAUGGGAAUGGUGAAGAAAAUAUAGAAGUGAAAAAUGCAGAGCUACAGACACAAAGCCAAAGUAAGGAAAAAAAGAAAUUUCGAUCAACCCGGAGGCCUCAAGGAAGAUACAGACGAGACAAUGAAGAAGAGGAAAGAAAAUGGAAAAACGUAGAAGCUAUAGAACGAGCUGAACAUGACGAGGAAGAGCAAUGUUCUAAAGAAGCCAACAGUCAAGCAGCUUCUUCUAACUUCCUUACUGAACCACAGAAUGCUGUGAGUGGGGAGUCACUUGGCAUCCUUCACCCAACCUUGGAAAAAGAAAUAGCUGAAUCAAAAGAUGAAACAGGAGGGUGUGGAAUGAUUGACACAUCACAUGUCAUAUUGACAGAUAUUGUUGUUGAGCAUACUGAUAAUGAAGUACAGAAUGCACUGCAACUAGUGGAGAUUGUAGGAGAACACAGACAAUCAGUAGUGGGAUAUGAGAGGGACGAGGAGUGCACGUUCUCAGAUAAGCAGAAAAUUCCACCAGUGGUCACAGAAAUUCAGAAUGAUACUUCUACAUAUCACGAUUUUUCUGAGGGAGUUGAAGAAUGUGAUAUAGAGAGUAAUGAAAACAGAAACCGCAGCCAAGUUCAUGUUACUCCUAGAUGUGGCACAGUGGAGCUUAUUUCUGAGGUGCAGGACAGCUUAGGCAUUCCAGUGAAUACAGAAAAUACUCAUGAACUUUUGUCUGAACAGAUUGGACAGUUGCCUUCUGAUGAAAGCAUAUCCAAAGCCCAUCUAGACCAGCCAACAAACGAAGACCCAGAACUAGAGAAAGUCAAAAGCACAUGCUCACUCGUUCACAUAGAACUAAAAACCACUCAGGAGAAUGUCAUGAUAGAGAAUGUAGAACUCAGCACAUCUGGGAAACGGAGAAAGAUGGGGUCAACUCGAAGGAGUCACAGAGAGCCACUCCAUGGAUGUGGCCUGAAAGAGUCUAGUGAAGAGAUAAAUGAAAAAGAGAGAGAAAGUGAUGAAAAAGAUGAUGAAGACAUGAAUGGAGAGGAAAAAGAUUUGUUUCAUACAGAAACAUCUAACAUAUCAAUAAGAACGAAUGAAGUUGUGGAGGAGGAGAGUGACGAGAUAAAGGAAGAAUUAGAAGCCAGUCCUACAGAACAUUCCACCACUAAGGAUUUUAUAGAAGUGGGUUCAGUACAAGAUAUGCAUUGUGGAUUAUCCCCUCAAUCAACUCAAUUGGGUUUAACUACUAACAAACAACCAUCACCAAUGACCGAACAUUCAAAUUCCAAAGAUGAUGGUGGGAAUAGUGAAGAAAAUGUAGAAAUAAAAAACACAAAACUACAUACACAAAGCCAAAGUAAGAAAAGGAGGAAAUUUGGAUCAACCCGGAGGCCUCAAGGAGGACACAGACCAGACAAUGAAGGAGAGGAACAAAAAUGGAAAGAUGUGGAGUCUACAGAAAAAAUUGAAGACGUUGAAGAUGAGAGAUGCUCUAUAGAAACCACUCAUCAAGCAACUACUUCAGAGUUGCUUACUGAACCACAGAGUGCUGUGAGUCAGAUGUUACUUGGAAUCCCUGAACCACCCUUGGAAAAAGAAAUGAUUGAAUCAAAUGAUGAAACAGGAGGGUGUGGAAUUAUUGAUAAACCACAUGUCAUAUUGACAGAUACUCUUCUUCACUAUAGUGAUAAUGAAGUAAGGAAAGUUGAAGAACUAGUGGAGAUUAUAGAAGAACGUGAACAGUCAGUAGUGGAAGAUGAGACGGGCGAUGAGUCCACAUCUUCAAAUAAGCAGAAAAUACCACACGUCAUCAAAGAAAUUCAGAAUGAUGUUUCCACAUGCCUUGACUCUUUUCAGGAAGCAUCCAUAAUAGUCAAAGGCUAUGAUAUGGAGAGUCAUGAAAACAGAAGCCUUAGCCAAGUUCAUGUUACUCCUACAUGUGGCAUAGUGGAGCUUAUUUCUGAGGUACAGGACAGCUUAGGCAUUCCAGUGAAUCCAGAAAAUGCUCAUGAACUUGUUUCUGAACAGAUCGGACAAUUGCCAUCUGAUGAAAGCACAUCCAAAGACCAACUAGACCAGCCAAGUAAUGAAGACCCAGUACUAGAGAAAGUCGAAAGCACAUGCUCACACGUUCACAUAGAAGAAACAAAAACCACUCAGGAGAAUGUCAUGAUAGAGAAUUUAGAACUCAGCACAUCUGGGAAACGGAGAAAGAUGGGAUCAACUCGAAGGAGUCAUAGAGAGAGACUCCAUGGAGGCAACCUAAAAGAGACUAUUGAAGAGAUAAAUGAAAAAGAGAGAGAAAAAGGUGAAAAAGAUGGUGAAGACAUGUAUGGAGAGGAAAAAGAUGUGUAUCUUAAAGAAAAAUCUUACAUAUCAAUCAGAAAGAAUGAAGCUGUGGAGGCAGAGAGUGAAGAGAUAAAGCAUAAAUUAAAAGCCAGUCCUACAGAAGAUUCCACCACUGAGGAUUUUACAGAAGUGUGUUCAGAACAAGAUAUGCAUUCUGGAUUAUCCCCUCAAACAACUGAACUAGAUUUAAUUUCUAACAUACAGCCAUCACCAGUAACCAAACAUUCAGAUUCCAGGGAAGAUGAUGGGAAUAGUAAAGAAAAUGUAAAAAUCAGAAAUGCAGACCUUCAAACACAAAGCCAAAGUAAAAAAAAGAGGAAAUUUGGAUCAACUCGUAGGCCUCAAGGAGUACAAAGACUAGACACUGAAGAAGAGGAGAGAUGGAAAGAUGUAGAAGCCACAGAAGGACUUGAACAUGAUGAGAAAGAGAGAUGUUCUGAAGAAACCCAUCAAGCAGUUACUUCAAACUUGCUUACUGAAUCACUGAAUGCAGGGAGUGAGGUGUCACUUGGCAUUCUUAUUGAGGAAAUGAAAGAAAAAGAAAGCAGCAAGGAACAAACAGUAGAAGAAAGUGCACCAAUUACUGAGGAAAGUAAUUCAGAGGUUGAAAGGCUCAGCUUCAUUCCUACAAUUCCUACUGAAACAUGUCAUCAGUCCAUAGAGAGGCAGUCUGAGCCCUCAGAAUCAAUCACUAUCAUAAGACCUGAACUUGAAAAAUUAGACAAGAAAAAAAGAAAGAUGGGUUCAACUCGCAAGAAUUUCAAGGGAGGAGAUGCCAAGAAACCAUGGGACAGAGGAACAGGAGAUAUGGACCCAACAUCUGAUGAAGAUAUUACUAAAGAAGAGAUGAAAUCAACAGCAAGAGUAGACACAGUGCUUGAUGACAAAGGCUUCGGACGGAGCAUCAUAAUAGAGAUGAAAGGGCAAGAACAUGAACUGCAAACUCCCCAUAUGCUUGAUCAGUCAGAAGGGUCACUUCUCGGUGAAAUAGAGUAUGAAUUGAAAAAGAGUUGUCAAAGUCCCCUGAAUACAAUAGCUCAUUCCAUUAGUGAAGAAAUCUCAGAAAGCUUGUUAAACAAGCCUUUAGAAACACAUAACAAUCAACAGAAUAUAUUAGAAAUCCCAGAACCAAAAGAUGAGCAAUGCAAAAGCACUCUUAAACUACCAGCAUCUCAAAGCUCUCAAACUCACACUGAACCAAGCUCCCCUGGAAGAAGAAGAAAAAUGGGGUCCACUCGCAAGACACCUAGAGACAAGCACACAGAAGAACCAAGGGACGAGAGCAGAGACAGUGAACAGGACACAGAGACACAGGAUACACUUGGAACAAACAGUGACCUAGAGAGAGAAACCACUAUGCUAAAAAUCACAGAAGGUGAGAAAAGAUCUGUUGGCAUUACAGCUAAAGUCCAUGCUAUUCCUCAAGUUGAUGAGAAUAAUACAGAUCAUCCCAUUCCAGGAGGUAGGCGAAAGUUUGGGUCCAGACGCACAGCAAAAGGUGAACUUAUGCUCAACCAAAAAGAAACAGAAGCUGGCCAAGUGUUCACUGAUGUGUUAACGGUUGAUCCAUAUUUCAUUCCAGGACCAGAGAGCAUUCCAGUCUCUCAACUGACCUCUCACCAUGAAGACACAAAAGCUAGCCCAAGUAAUGAGCAGAAUGAAAAAUCUGUUUUGAAUGAAGCUGAUAAAUCUACAAGAACUGGCCUGGCCUCCUUGGGUGAUCUCAAAAGGUCUUCACUCUAUAAUGGAAGCACUGGAAGAAGAGAAAUGAUUGACUUUGAAAGAUGGGAUGAGCAAAUUCCAGAUUUUGGAGUAGCUGUGUAUAACGUAGUGAUGGUGGGAAACUGCAAUGUGGGAAAGACGUCAUUCAUUAGACGCUUCCAGAGUGGACUCUUCAGCAAGGAUUACGGUUCUACUAUUGGCGUUGACACCUUUGUUCAGACCAUUACACUGGGCAACAGAACUGUUAAACUGCAUAUAUGGGACACAGCAGGACAGGAGAGGUAUCACAGCAUCACUAGACAGGUUUUCCACAAGGCCCAGGGGCUUCUGCUGAUGUAUGACAUCACAUCCUCUCAGAGUUUCUAUGCAGUGCGUAAGUGGAUCUCCCAGAUUCAGGAAAGAGCUCCUGCUGAUGUCACCAUGAUGUUACUUGGCAAUAAGAAUGACUGUGCAGAGCGAGAAGUCCAGCUCAAGGAAGGGGAGGAUCUCUCGAGGGAUUAUAACAUUCAUUUUAUGGAGUGCAGCGCUGCAACUGGUGAAAAUGUGUCAGAAUCUAUGAAGUCUUUAGCUUGGUUACUGGUGAAACAGAAUGUGAGGAGAGAGGAGGAACAAGCAAUAUUACAGCCAAAGCAACCGCAGAAGAAGUCAGGUUGCUGUUAAAAGCACACACACACAUUUUUGUCCACACACUUUAUAGAACGUAUGUGCACAAAAACAUAUUAAUAUAGCAAAUGUUGUAGACUAUUGCUGCAUUUCAAUUUUUAUUCACUCUAUUGUCUUCAUUAAGUUCUGUAAAGAAUUUUCUCAUUUGAAUAGCAUGAAUUAUGUAAUCAGCUUCUCUUUACAUGAUAUGCGCUACUGCUUCAAACUGAACAAGGAUUUUAAAUUAAAUGGAUUAUUUUAAAUGAAUUGUGUGUUAAUAGACUAAUACAUAGCAAAGAUUACUGAGGUAUAACUAGUCCUUGAAAUUUUAAAAUAAUAUUUGACCCAGAUAUACAUGUUAAGUUGAACUGCAAAAAUAUAAUUAAAAGAUUGUUCUGCUGGCU